AUGGUUAAAUGUAUGACCGGAUUUAAUGAAAAUGUUACGACAUCGAUGUCUGUUCACAACAUUGAAAUACACGAAAGUGAAGAGUUUAGAUUUCAAGAUGAGCAAUUCUACCAAUGUGAUAAUUGUAAAUAUGAAACUAAGCUUAAGACGAGUCUGGAAAGCUAUCGACUCUCACAGGAUAACCCUUCAGUAGUGCAAACGUGCAAGUGCGAUGCCUGUGGUUUUGAAACCAAUUACAUAAAAAAUUUGAUUAGAUAUCCAGCAAUAUGUGAAGAUCUCUCAGAAGUGGAAAUGUACAAGUGUGAUUCAUGUACUUAUGAAACUAAAUUUAAAGGUGAUCUAAAUAAGCAUCAGUUAAUACACAAAGACCCCUUGGAAAUCCAAAUGUACAAAUGUGAUGUUUGUCCUUUCGAAACUAAGUACAAGAGUCGUCUAAAACUCCAUCAAAUAAUGCAUAAAGACCCUUCAGAAAUUCAAAUGUGGAAGUGUGAAGUGUGUAGUUUUGAAGCUAAAUAUAAGAAUCACUUGAAAAGGCAUCAGUUAAAGCACAAAGACCCUUCGGAAAUCCAAAUGUACAAGUGUGAUACAUGUAGUUAUGAAACUAAACUUAAGAGUAGUCUUAAAAUGCAUCAAAUAAAGCAUAAGGACCCUUCAGAAAUUAAAAUGUACAAGUGUGAGGAGUGUAGUUAUUCAACUGAUUUUAAAAGCAGUUUAAAUACACAUAUGUUAAAACACAAAGAUUCGUCAGAAGUGCAGAUGUACAAGUGUGAUACAUGUGCUUAUGCAACUAAAUAUAAGUGUCAUCUAAAUAAGCAUAAGUUGUCACACAAAGACCCUUCAGAAGUCCAAAUGUACAAGUGUGAUAAGUGUACUUAUGAAACUAAAUAUAAGGGUGAUCUAAAAGUGCAUCAGUUACAACAUAAAGACCCUUCAGAAGUCAAGAUGUUUAAGUGCGAAUCGUGUAAUUACGAAAGCAAAAAUAGGAGUCGUUUGAAAAGGCAUCAGUUAUCUCACAAAGACCCAUCAGAAAUCGAAAUGUACAAGUGCGAUACUUGCAGUUUCAAAACUAAAUAUAAGGAUCAUCUGAGGGUGCAUCUGUUAAAACACAAAGAUCUUUCGGAAAUCCAAAUGUACAAGUGCGAUACUUGUCCUUACGAAAGUAAAUAUAAGAGUGACCUAGAAGAACAUCAAUUAAGACACAAAUACGCUCGAGAAAUUGAAACAUUCAAGAGAGUAAAAUCACGCUAA